AUGACGGUGGUGCCUGAAUCUGGUUCCGGGUGUUUUGGAGACGGGGUUUUUCCUCCGGGAUUCAGAUUCCACCCAACGGAUGAAGAGCUCGUGCUGUACUAUUUGAAGAGGAAGAUCUGCAGGAGACGGCAUCUUAUUGAUGCCAUCGCAGAAACCGAUGUUUACAAGUGGGACCCAGAAGAUUUGCCUGGGAUAUCUAAGUUGAAAACUGGGGACAGGCAAUGGUUCUUCUUUAGCCCCAGAGACAGGAAGUAUCCAAAUGGAGCAAGGUCCAAUCGAGCAACAAGGCAUGGAUAUUGGAAGGCAACUGGGAAGGAUCGUAUCAUCAAAUGUGGUUCACGUGCUGUUGGGUUAAAGAAGACUCUAGUGUUCUAUAAAGGUCGUGCCCCUAGUAAAGAACGUACAGACUGGGUGAUGCAUGAGUACACCCUGGACGAGGAAGAGCUGAAAAGAUGCCAAACUGCCCAGGAUUAUUAUGCACUGUACAAGGCAUUCAAGAAGAGUGGGCCGGGUCCCAAAAAUGGUGAGCAAUAUGGUGCGCCCUUUAGGGAGGAGGACUGGGCUGAUGACGAGCUAGAUGCUAACAGAGUUGUUGAUCAGGAGAACCCUGUAAAUCAGACAAUUGAAAUCUUGCCUGUAAAUAAGACUCGGGAUAAUUGUCAAGUGCCAUCUCCACCAAAUGACCUGGAGGAGUUCAUGAAACAAAUAGCAGAAGAGCCCAUAUUUGUUCAGCCACUUGGUGUUGAUAUUGACUAUUCGCUGGGCCAGUUUGUGGGUGAGGAGGGAACUCAAAGUACCGUACUUGAGGAUUCUGUAGGGCAUGCAAGUUUACCUGCAAGAAGUACAGUGCUCCAACCGUGCAGUGAACAACAUAAUAAUGUGCUAUCCAGUUUAGACCUGGCACAGUCAGGAACAACACAGUUACAGUUUUACGAGGUUCCUGAGGUCACUUCUGCUCCAAAUGGUUGCAACGGACAGCCUUCAGUGACUGAAGAGGAUUUCCCAGAAGAUUUUCUUGAAAUGAAUGACCUUAUUGGUCCAGAACCACUUGAUAAUCCUCUGGACGAUUUGGAUAAUCUGCAGUUUGAAGGGCUUGAUGGCCUGAGUGAACUUGAUCUCUACCAAGAUGCACCCAUGUUCCUUCAUGAGAUGGUGCCUGCUGAAUCUGGGCAGAUUUCUCAACCAUAUUGGAACAAUUUUGAUAACGGAGUUAUGAAUCCUAUCUCAAGUUCUUCUCUGAACAAUCUUGAGAAUUGUGCUGCGAAUUACCAGCUGCAGCCACAUUUAAAUGAUGCAAAUGAUAUCAGUUCUCAGCUAUGGACGGAAGAGCAAAUAUCCAGUCUUUUAUCUGAUAAUACAGAUGCAAAUGGGAGGUUGAUGCCUUCACCAGCUUCAGGUAUGGUACAUCAAUAUCAAUAUCAAAAUCAAAAUCAAAGUUAUCCGGUCAAUCAUUCUACUGGAGCUAAUCAAAAUCCAAUUGGCGAGCCGGAUAAUGUUACACACUCAUGGUUCUCCUCUGCUGUUUGGGAUUUUGUAGAGUCUAUACCUACAACUCCUGCCUCGGCUUCAGAAAGUGCUUUGGUAAAUAGAGCUUUUGAGCGUAUGUCUAGCUUCGGUAGAUUAAGAAUAAAUGCCAGAAACAUGAAUCUUGCUGCAGGUAAUACCUCUGCAACUUCAAGAUCUUCAAGCAAAUUUAGGAGUGGUUUUUUAUGUUUAUCUUUACUUGGAGUAUUGUGUGCUAUCUUGUGGUUGCUGAUUGGAACUUAUGUAACUGUUACAAAUUGA